AGCUCACGUGCCAGUGUCGGCAUUCAUGGUCACGCCGGCGUAACGGUCCCUGCAGCUGCAGCCUAUCGAAGCCUCACCAUCACUUGUUCAACUGAGCACAACACCUUCUGCGAAACAUCUUUCACAUUCGCCGCCAACAGCUUCACAAUCACUUCACUGCUUUAAGAACUUCCACUCCUAACCCUCAUCCCAGCAGAUCAACUCGCCACCGUGCAACCUCUGCUUCAGCGAACAGUCAUCCACCAUCUCACUAUUACGGAGGACUCGAACACCUCUGAGUGCAGGUCACGGUACCUCCAGGCGGCGCGGUGAGGCGCGGUAGAGGCAGCGGCGGAAGGCGCGAAGCCUGAACUGAAAGCUCGGCGCGUACCUCUAUCACAACCACAUCAUUCACCGACUCGACGUCAAACACCAUCACCACCACCAUGUCGAAGGCAAAAGCCAUCUCGGCUCAGCCGCCGCCGAUGCCCACGAACAAAGAUGACAUCAACACCACCUGGACCUUCCUCGAGUGGGGCGUCGAGCGCAUCAUGUACAGUCUGAAGGAGGGCGUCGACCUUAAGACGUACAUGUCACUAUACACCAUUAUCCAUAACUUCUGUACAGCGCAGAAGGCCGUCGGGCCACAGCAGAACAACCUCAAUUCGAAUCACCGAGGCGCGCACCUACUGGGCGAGGAUCUGUAUCACCGCCUUAACAACUACCUCAAGAACCACCUCGCCCAUGUCCAUGCCGAGAUGGUCAAGCACACCGAUGAGGCACUUCUCACAUACUAUAACGACGAGUGGAAGAGGUAUACGGAAGGCGGCAUCUACAACAACCACCUCUUCCGCUACCUCAACCGCCACUGGGUGAAACGGGAGAUGGACGAGGGCAAGAAGGACAUUUACGAUGUCUACACAUUGCAUCUGGUGCGGUGGAAAGAGGACAUGUUCGGCAGCACACAAAAUGCAGUCAUGGACGCGGUUCUGCGCCAGGUGGAGAAGCAGCGUAAUGGCGAGACGAUCGAGCAGCAAAAGAUCAAGCUGGUGGUCGACUCAUUCGUCGCGCUCGGCAUCGAUGAGUCGGAUAGCACCAAGAGCAGUCACGACGUCUACCGUCAGUAUUUCGAGAAGCCGUUCAUAGACGCAACCACCAAGUACUACGAGCGGGAGUCGGAGGUCUUCCUCGCUGAGAAUUCCGUGGUCGACUACAUGAAGAAGGCCGAGCGUCGUCUGGACGAGGAGAAGGACCGUGUGCCGCUCUACUUGCUUGCGGAAAUCAUGCACCCACUGAUGAAAGCAUGCGAGACUGCGCUUAUCGCCAAGCACUGCCAGCUUAUGCGUGAUGAGUUCCAGAUCCUGCUUGACAAUGACCGCGAGGAAGACAUGGCAAGGAUGUACAAGCUGCUGGCACGCAUUCCGGAAGGCUUGGACCCACUUCGUACGCGCUUCGAGGCUCAUGUGCGGCGAGCCGGCCUGCUUGCAGUAGAAAAAGUGGCUCAGCAGGGCGAGAAUCUGGAUCCGAAGGCUUACGUUGACGCGCUGCUGGAGGUCCACACGCAGUAUGCUGCCCUGGUGCAUUCAGCAUUCGCUGGCGAGUCGGAGUUCGUGCGCUCGCUUGACAACGCUUGCCGUGAGUACGUCAACCGCAAUGAGGUCUGCAAGAAGAACUCAGCUCGCUCGCCGGAGAUGCUGGCCAAGCAUGCGGACAACGUCCUCAAGCGCUCCACGAAAGCUACUGAGGAGGAUGACAUGGAGAAGCUGCUGAAUCAAGUCAUGACUAUCUUCAAGUACAUCGAGGACAAGGAUGUCUUCCAAAAGUUCUACUCCCGCAACCUUGCCAAGCGUCUCGUCAACGGCACAUCCGCCAACGCCGAUGCGGAGACGUCCAUGAUCUCCAAGCUCAAAGAUGCAUCCGGCUUUGAGUACACCAAUAAGCUUCAGCGCAUGUUCCAGGACAUGCAGACCUCCAAGGAUCUCAACGCCGCAUACGAAGACUGGUGUGAGCAAACAUUCGAUCGAGAAGACCGCAAAGAAGGCGUCGACGCUUACUACCAAAUCCUCGGCACCGGUUUCUGGCCCUUGCAGCCCGCGACCACCCCGUUUGUUCCGCCACCAACCAUCGUCAAGACAUACGAGCGCUUCCAGAACUUCUACAACAGCAAGCACGGCGGGCGCAAGCUGACGUGGCUGUGGCAUCUGUGCAAGGGUGAGAUUCGCGCAAAUUAUAUCAAGAUGAACAAGGUGCCGUACACCUUCCAGGUCUCGACGUAUCAAAUGGCCAUCCUUCUCCUGUUCAACGACUCGGAGGAGGUCAGCUACGACGACAUGGCGAGCACGACCAUGCUGCAGAAGGAGACGCUCGAUCCUUCGCUGGGCAUCAUGCUCAAGGCCAAGGUUAUCCAGGCCAACCCGGAGAGUGCGCCGACCCAGUCGGGUACAUCCUACACUCUCAACCACGGCUUCAAGAACAAGAAGCUCAAGGUCAAUCUCAACAUGGCGAUCAAGGCGGAGCAGAAGCAGGAGGCGGAGGAUACACAUAAGACCAUCGAGGAAGAUCGAAAGAUGCUUAUGCAGUCCGCGAUUGUCCGCAUAAUGAAGUCGCGGAAAACCAUGAAGCACAACCAGCUCGUCAGUGAGACCAUCAAUCAAAUCAAAAACCGAUUCAGCCCGAAGAUUGCCGACAUCAAGAAGUGCAUCGACGUGCUGAUCGAGAAGGAGUACCUUGAGCGUUUGGAGGGCGACGAGCUUGGCUACUUGGCGUAAGCAGCUGAAGCUUCAUAUGUGAGCAUGAGGUACGAUGGGAUGCGGUACAUGGUACUGACUAGGUGGCGGCGGCUGUAUGUGGGGCUUUAGCAAGGCGUAGGCGUUGACGGGAUGCUGCGGCAUAGUAGUCACGGCUGG